UCUCUGGGCCUAGAGGAAGGAACCAGAGAGACAGCAAGAGGAAGUCGAGGUGGCGCGUAGUCCUAGGGACACCGCGUCGGAGCUGGUGUCUGUCGCUGGCCGGAGUCGCACUCCACACACCAAGCUGGCAGCACGUGGAGCCGAGGACUCGCGCGGAGGCAGAAUGCAUCCGACCGGCGAGAUCUGCGAGGUGCUUGCAGCCCCGUGUUCCUCUGAAAGUGGCGAGGAAGGGAAGAACAUCGAGGAGAAAAUUUUAGGUGACAUGAACAUUGCAUCUCUCGUGGGAGGUGAAGAGGUCUGCGGAGAUACAGAUAAUGGUGACCUUUCUUAUGUGUCUGCAUUCAUAGAAAAGGAAGUUGGAAAUGACCUUAAAUCUUUAAAAAAACUUGAUAAACUCAUAGAACAAAUGACAGAAAGUAAAAUGCAGUUAGAAGAACAGGUACUUACCAUUUCAUCAGAAAUUCCUAAAAGAAUUCAGAGUGCCUUAAAAAAUGCAGAAGAAUCAAAGCAAUUCCUUAAUCUGUUUCUGGAGCAAGAAACUCAUCUCUUCAGUUCCAUUAACAGCCAUUUGCUGACCGCACAGCCUUGGAUGGAUGAUCUCGGGGCCAUGAUUAACCAAAUUGAAGAGAUUGAACGGCAUCUCGCUUACCUUAAAUGGAUUUCUCAAAUUGAAGAACUAAGAUGCUAUCCUGAACAUGGGCUGCUUGCUGCUCUUAGAAGGUUGCUAAGAAAUUUAGAGGACUCCAGGAUCCAAGAGAGACAUGGCGUUAGGUUAAAUAGCCACAUCAGGGUGGUGCUUCAUUCGUCCUUGGAUGUAACUUUAUAUAAAAUUGAUAACAUUCAACAAUAUCUGAUGACCAAUAAUGUGCCAGAGGCAGCCUCUAUCCUGGUGGCUAUGACAGAACUUGACAUUAAACUUCAGGAAUCAUCCUGUACUCAUCUUCUCAGUUUCAUGAGAGCCACAGUUAAAUUCUGGCAUAAAAUUCUCAAGGACAAGCUUACAAGCGAUUUUGAGGAAGUUUUAGCACAGAUUCAUUGGCCAUUCAUUGUGCCCCCUCAAUCUCAAACUGUUGGCUUAAACCGACCCACCAGUGCCCCUGAGAUAUACAGUAACCUGGAGACAUUGUUUUGUCAGUUAUUGAAACUGCAAACCUCAGAUGAAUUACUUACUGAGCCAAAAGAACUCCCAGAAAAAUAUUCUCUUCCUCCUUCCCCUUCUGUCAUCCUGCCCAUCCAGAUUAUGCUGACUCCACUUCAAAAGAGGUUCAGGUAUCACUUCAGAGGCAACCGACAGACUAAUGUUAUAAGCAAGCCGGAAUGGUACUUGGCUCAGGUACUUAUGUGGAUUGGAAACCAUACUCAAUUUCUGGAUGAGAAGAUUCAGCCAAUAUUAGAUAAUGCGGGCUCUGCAGUAAAUGCCAGGCUUGAAUUUUCUCGGGGUCUCAUGAUGCUGGUUCUUGAGAAGUUAGCUUCAGAUAUUCCUUGUCUGCUCUAUGAUGACAAUCUCUUCUGUCAUUUGGUGGAUGAGGUGCUGUUGUUUGAAAGGGAGCUACACAAUGUUCACUACUAUCCUAGCACUUUUGCUAAUUGUAUGCAUAUUCUAUCAGAGGAAACCUGUUUUCAGAGAUGGUUGACUGUGGAGAGAAAAUUUGCUCUUCAAAAAAUGGACUCAAUGCUUUCAUCAGAAGCUGCCUGGGUAUCCCAAUAUAAGGAUAUCACUGAUGUAGAUGAAAUGAAAGUUCCAGACUGUGCAGAAACUUUUAUGACUCUACUCUUGGUUAUAACUGACAGGUAUAAAAAUCUCCCCACAGCUUCCCGAAAGCUGCAGUUCCUGGAGUUACAGAAGGAUUUAGUAGAUGAUUUUAGGAUACGAUUAACUCAGGUGAUGAAAGAAGAGACUAGAGCCUCCCUUGGCUUUCGAUACUGUGCAAUUCUUAAUGCUGUGAACUACAUCUCAACAGUACUAGCAGACUGGGCUGACAAUGUUUUCUUUCUACAACUUCAGCAGGCAGCCCUAGAGGUUUUUGCAGAGAAUAAUACCCUCAGUAAAUUGCAGCUGGGACAACUAGCCUCUAUGGAGAGUUCUGUCUUUGACGACAUGAUUAACCUCUUAGAGCGUUUAAAGCAUGAUAUGUUGACCCGUCAAGUAGACCAUGUUUUUAGAGAAGUUAAAGAUGCUGCAAAAUUUUAUAAGAAAGAAAGAUGGUUAUCCUUGCCAUCUCAAUCAGAACAGGCAGUAAUGUCCCUAUCCAGUUCAGCCUGCCCAUUAUUGCUUACAUUACGAGACCGUUUACUUCAACUGGAACAGCAGCUUUGUUUCUCCUUAUUUAAAAUUUUCUGGCAAAUGCUUGUGGAAAAGCUGGAUGUAUACAUAUAUCAAGAAAUAAUUCUUGCUAAUCACUUCAAUGAAGGAGGAGCAGCCCAGUUGCAGUUUGAUAUGACUCGGAACCUUUUCCCUUUGUUUUCUCAUUAUUGCAAAAGACCAGAAAAUUAUUUUAAACAUUCUCGGCGGACACAACAUCUCUGUAUGUGGUGCUGAGGAUCGAACCCGGGCCGCACGCAUGCCAGGCGAGCGCGCUACCGCUUGAGCCACAUCCCCAGCCCUUCACUUUGUUUUUUUGGUGAUAAAUACACUUAAAAUUACUCUCUUCACAAUUUUUAAAAAAUUAUUUUUAUUAGUUAUUGAUGGACCUUUAUUUAUUUGUUUAAAUGUGAUGCUGAGAAUCGAAACAAGUGCCUCACACAUGCUAGGCAAGUGCUCUAUCACUGAGCCACAACCCCAGCCCAGAUACAAUAUAUUGUUAUUAACUGUAGUUGCCAUUAUGUACAAUAUAUCUUUUGAACUUAUUCCUCCUAUAACUGAAAUUUUGGGACCAACAUUUCCUCAAUACCUAAACUCCUAGUCUCUGGGAUCCACCAUUUUGUUCUAUUUCUGUGUUCUGUGUUAUUUUUUUUCCCUUAAAUUCAGCAUAUUAUAGAAUAUUGUGCUAUUAUCUUUCUAUGCCUGGGUUAUUUUACUUAACACACUGGCUUUCAUAUUCAUCCAAAUGACAGGAUUUUCUGCUUUUUAAAGAUGAAUAGCAGGGUUUGGGGUUGUGGCUCAGUGGUAGUGUACUUGCCUAGCACGUGUGAGGCACUGGUUCGAUUCAGCACCAUAUAUAAAUACAUGAAUAAAAUAAAAGUUCAUCAACAACUAAAAAAAAAAAGACAAAUAGUAUUCCAUUGUAAAUAUAUACCACAUUUUCUUUACUUAUCUGUUAAUGGACACAAAGUUGUUUCCUUUUCUUGGCUAUUGUUAAUAAUGCUGUGGUGAACAUGGGAGUGUAGGUAUCUCUUUGACAGACUGGUUUCAUUUCUCUUGGAUAUACACUCAGUAGUGGGAUUGCUGGAUCACAUAAUAUAUCUAUUUUUUAACUUUUUGAGAUCCUUCCUCCUUACUGUUUUCCAUUAUGAUCAUACCAAACUGCAUUUCCACCAACAGUGUACACAUUUCCCUUUUCUCUACAUCCUUGACAACACUUGUUAUUCAAUAAUAGCCAUUCUAACAACUGUGAGGUGAUAUUGGUUUUAAUUUGCAUUUCUCUGAUGAUUAGUAAUGGAGAGCAUUUUUUUUCAUAUACCCUGUUGUUUAUUUGUAUGUUUUCUUUUGAGAAAUGUCUUUAGAUCCUUUGGCUUUUUUCUUUCUUUCCUUUUUGUGUGGUGCCGGGGAUCAACCUGAGUCCUUUCCCCAUUUUAAAAAUUGCACUGUUUAUUUUACCAUUGUGUUGAAUUCCUUAUGUAUAUUUUUAUAUUAUCUCUUACCAGAUGUAUAGUUUGCAAAUAAAUUCUCCCACACCAUA